AAGAGGUUUAGCCGGUGCUUAGCAGCAGUGCUGCUUCAGUAAUUACACAUCAGUGGCAAGGUGCGAGCAGGAGGGCAGAUCACUGUGAUGUCAGGACAGGGAGGGCUUACCGCAGGAGAUAAGGCCGGCUCAUGGAGAUGGAAUGAAUCGGUAUUUAAAAGGUCUUUUUUAGUUAAGGCAGUUAGCAGCCAGCAGGCUCCCCUUCAGUCGGCAGAGGAGACAGGAGACAGGAAGUUCCUCCAGAGCUCCAGCGGACCCAGCCCGGCGCCUCAAGAGUUCACAGAGAGGUCAGAGUUCAUAUAAUGACCCCACGUGAGCAGCUGAGGAAGAUGACAGCGAUGGGCGAGCAGGGGGCGCUGGACGAGAAGCACUGGUACCGCCUGGUCAACGGCAUGUCGGCCGGAGAGCUGAGGCAGAGGCAGGAGCUGAUCAUGAGGAACCAGAUGGCCAUGGCGCCGCAGAUCCUUGCUCAAGGGCAGCAGAGGAUUCAGGGAGUGCCGGCGCAGUUCGAGCCCCGCUUCAUGGAGAGAGAGCUGGUCCCGCCGUCAGAGAUGGUUCCGUCCGACGCCAGGCAGAUGCACAUGGGGCCCCACCUGGGGCCGCCGCUGCCGCCUCACCACGCCGGCGUGAUACCAGGGAGAGCUUUUCCGGCAGCAGGCUACGGCUUCCUGCCCUCCGAACCCAUGGAAACGGUUGCCCGGCGACAGGAGCUCAUUCACAAGCAAAACAUAGCCAGGAUGGAGAUGAACGCCAUCCUGCACCAGAAGGAGCUGGAGAACCACCAAAAAGGUCUGCUGGGGAUGGACAACCCCAUGUCGUACCCCAGCAACCCCAUGGCCUUCAGAGGCCGGGCGCGGAUGCCGGACGGCCACGACGUCUUCGUGCACCGUCCCUCUCUGGAUGAGCUCCACCCCAACAGCAUGCUGAUGUCGUCCAGUCCCUACCCCGCCAUCGGCUCGCUGCACCGGGAGCGGGGCCGCCGGGCCGGCAGGAGACCCGCCAACCACAAGAGCUCCGACAGCCACCUGCCCACCGCCAAGGGUCCCACGGAAGACAAGAGCGUGGAGGAGAGUCCCGGGGCCACGUCGGGGGAGGAGAAGGAGGUGGAGGUCAAAGGGGAGGUCGGAGAGGACGGCAGCAGCAAGACGCACCACCCCACCAAGCUGGAUCCCGACCUGCCGUCAGGGAGCAGGAAGAACUACAAAGAGGGCGAGAGCGGGCUGAGGAAGUCCUGCGUGACGGGCCAGGACAGGGGCUCGGAUGGCACCAACAACGGAGUCAACGACAAGGACAUGAGCACGCAGUGUUCGGCCUUCCAAGACAAGUUCAUGUUCCCCUCGGCGGCGGGAGGCCUGUCCGGAGCGCCGUACCUCUUCCCAGUUCCAGGAAACGGCUUCCUGCCUCCCGGUACCCCCAAUCUUUUCCUCAACGGGGACGAGGUGGCCGAGGACAUCAGGAAGUGGACGGUGAACGACGUCUGCAGCUUCAUCAACAGCAUCCCCACCUGCUCCGAGUACGCGCAGACGUUUAAAGAUCACAUGAUCGACGGAGAGACCCUGCCGCUGCUCUCAGAGGAACAUCUGCUGGACACCCUCGGCCUCAAGCUCGGUCCAGCUCUCAAGAUCCGAUCUCAGGUCUCCAGACGUCUGGGCAGCAUGAUGUACAUGAUGAACCUCCCUCUGGCAGCCUCCAACCUGCAGGCGGCGCCAGAGAAAGCCGGGGAGCACUCGCCGGAGAUGGGCUCGCCUAUCAACUGCAACAGCGAGAUCAUGGCCAGCCCUCGAGACGCGGAGCUCCUCAAAUCCACCGAGCACCUGCAGGAGCCGGAGACCAACUCGCCCCCUUCAGUCAGCAGCGAGACGGCCUGAGGGGCGCUGCUGCCCCCCUGUGGUGGCACGCCUGCAUGACACGGACUGAAAGUCAGUUUAGAGCACUUAGAAGUUUAGGGACAACAGAGCAACGAGAGGUUUUGGAGCUGGAUGUUUGAUACUUUGAUGAAUAUGUAAAUAAAAACCUU